AUGUCUGCAUACAGGGGUAUCAUCGACUGUGCAAUCAAAACAGCUAGGCAGGAGACGAUCUACGGCUUAUACAAAGGAAUGUGGGUGCCAUUUCUAUCCACGGGUGCUUUACAUUCGCUUCUCUUCGCUGGUUACGGGGCUGCUCUACGGCUUUUGCAUCCGGGAGAGUCAAACGUGCAAGCCAGAAAGGACCUGCCCAUGUCUGAGAUUUUGAUCGCUUCAAUGUGCGGUACAAUGGCACAAGUUAUACCAGUUAUACCAGUGGAGCUGCUGAAGACACGUCUUCAG